ACCGACUACACUGAAGAAACUGUUUCAACUCCUUCCAUCCAUAAAACUGGAGCUUGCACCCACUCCAAGAACCAGUUGAAAGCAAAACCAUCUUCUCCACUUCAAAAAUUUUAAUCCUAAUCCUCUAUAAAUCCAAACCCUAAGACAUUAGCAUUGGAAAGUGGGAAGCAUGUCUCGUAUUAACUCAUCAUCAAUUGCAUUGGCAGAGGCCAUUAGUGGGUACUUUGCAUUGUUCUUGGCAUUAAUGCUGGUUUCAAGCUUCUGCGAAUCGAGUGAUGGAGAAUACUAUACGGUGCAGCAGAUGGAGAAGGAUCACGUGGAGAGGCCAUGCGAUGAAAUUUAUGUUGUAAAAGAAGGAGAAACUUUGCACACAAUAAGUGAAAAUUGUGGUGAUCCAUAUAUUGUCGAGGAGAAUCCACACAUUCAAGAUCCUGAUGAUGUUUUCCCAGGUGUGGUCAUCAAGAUUACCCCUUUCAAGGAUAGGCGGAGGUCUUAAUAUUGUUCAUAUAUUAGUGGUAUUGAAUUUCUCGACCUUUGGAUUUUAUUUUUGGGAUAUCCUAGGUUCUUUUGUUUAGCCCCAUGGUACUGGUCAGGAUUUUUAUUUUUUAUUUUUCGCUUCUUGUUGAUAGAGAAGAAUAAUUCACUUCUUGAAGAUAAAGUUUUGUUAGUGCACAUAUUACAAAUUGUGGUGAUUUUA